GGAUAAUUCCUGGCUCUUUCAAGCUUUAUAAUGGCAUUGAAUGGGAGCAAAACAAAACACCGGUCAUGAAGUAGAAGUGCAAAACUUGGACUGGUACAACUCAUUUCGAUAUUAGUCAAGAGGAGACUGGUUUCUCUUUGCUGCAAAGAAAACUUGGUUCUCGUGAGACUAGCAUAGAGUUUAAACUAUGUAUACAUCCUACAUCAUCUGCUUGAAUGCAACUCUCUCAUGAAUGUAAGUAAAUGCUAGUAAAUGUAUUUUGUUCAAAGAAUGUUUAGAUAUUUGUAGUGGAAAACAAGGACAAAAUAAUAUUUUUUUGCAGUGCAGUAAGAAUGAACUAUGUUUAUUCACUUGUUUAAUGUUUAAUCUCCAAUGCACGUGCCAUGAUGAUUAUUAUUGGUUGGUUGACUCUGUUCCCAAUGGACACUUUCCUAUGCUUUAUGGGAUAACAAUAAUAUCAUUGGGGUUUGUCUUCAGUCUUCACUUCAGCAAAACAGUUUCCAGGGUCAUUUAGAGGUUAAGCAUACAGAUGUUUAUAUAUGUGUGUGUUCACAUACAGGUCAUUGACGUUGACUCAGUGCUGCUAGCUGCUGAUUGGCUAGAACCAGGAUAUCACCGCAUUGAUAAAACGUAUAAAUGUAUUCUGAAGCAGCUCUGAAAGAAUAAGGCAGCAGUUCCUUUAAACAGUUCCUGAUGUGAGCAGAAUUAAAUUUAAUCAGUAUUUUAAUCCAUCAGGCUUUUUCUGCAGCAAUGCAUUACUUAAUUUCUUUACUGUUAGUCAUUAAUGGGUUACAUGUGAGCAUUGAGUCCACGGGAACAUCAACAUAUAUUAAGGAUCGGAGCUAAAUGUGUCCAGUGAAACUCAAACAUAGCAGGGUUUAGUCUCAUGGUAAGUUGAAUCUAUUAGAUUUAUAUGUGGUGGUGGCUAAGUGGUUAAACAUGUGAGCUGGUGACUGAUCAUUACUCAUCACCAGGGAAAUGCACAAGCUUAACCCUACAGGACAUGAAGAUGAAUGUUACUAUGGGAUGGUUAGAGUUCAUUUUAAAGGAUUGCUUGUAGGUUUUUCAAAUGUAGGAAUGUUGUGUUGUUGUUUCAAGGUAGAAGAGACACUCUGUGUGAUUUGGGAUGAUAACACUGCACUCAAUGGGAUUCGCCUUCACUGCAUCGAUCCGUCCAAAGGCUCAGUUCAGUCAGAAGUAGGAAGCUGGGGUAAGUGGACAGAAAUCAAAUGGUGUCCUUCUGGAUUACUGACAGCUUUUCAGCUGAGAGUCGAAUCUUCCCAAGGAAUUGAAGACGACACGGCCGUCAACAACAUCAGAUUCAGAUGCAGUCGAGGGUCUUUGCUGGAGGGUGAUGGCACAGGCUGGGGCGAGUGGGGAUAUAUGAGCACAACAUGUGAAGGAAAAGCGAUUUGUGGCAUCCAGACACAGGUGGAAGAGCCGCAGGGAAUGAGAGACGACACCGCUCUCAAUGAUGCCUGGAUGUUAUGCUGCGAUUAAGGUGUAAGAGGACGACAGCAAAGAACAGCUAAAAGAUCAGAUGGAUUGUAAUAACUGAUCGAAUGCAAUGAUGAGCUAACAAAGCUGUGGUAUGACACUGUGAAAAUGCAUAUUCAACUGGUCAUUAUCACAAAACUAAAUAAAAUCUUGUAGUCUCAUA